GCGCUGGACCUACUCUCUGAUUUUAAUCAUAAAAGAAGAAGUCGCGAACUUCCUUGUGCUUACAUUCGAUGACGUAACUUCCUUUCUGUCCGUGCUAACGUCCAAGUGAACACGCGUUCAGCCACCUAACAAGAUGCGUUACGUAGCUGCUUACCUGCUCUCUGCCCUCUCUGGCAAUGAGAACCCUGCGUCCAAGGACAUCAAGAAGAUCCUGGAAAGCGUUGGCAUCGAGGCUGAUGAUACUCGUCUGGACAAGGUCAUCACAGAGCUCUCUGGCAAGAACGUCAAUGAUGUGAUCGCUUCAGGUUACGGUAAGCUGGCCAGCAUGCCAGCAAGCGGUGCAGUAGCCGCUGCCAGCUCUGCAGGUGCAGGCUCAGGCGGAGCCGCAGCCCCUGCUGCAGCUGAGGAAAAGAAGGAGGAGAAGAAGGAAGAGUCCGAGGAGGAUUCAGGGGACGACAUGGGAUUCGGCCUGUUCGACUAAACUUUUCCAAAGGAUGAAUAAAGUUUAUAAAAAAAAAAACUGAA